GGAGGAUGGAGCCCUCAGGCGGUGCCCGGCUCCCCCUCGGGACAGCCGGGCUGGCCGGGUCCAGCAGAAAACAGCUCUUGGACCUACCCUGGGAGGACGUCCUCUUCCCCCACAUCCUCUCCUACCUGCCUUUGAGGCAGCUCCUGAGCUUGCAGAGGGUCAGCAAGGCAUUCCAGACCUUGAUCCAGCUCUACCUCACCAACAUGCGCUGCUUUGAUGCUGGCCAGGUUGGACCUCACAUUCCAAAGGCUGCCUUCUGCGUCCUGCUAAAAGACAACGAAGCGCUGCAGCAGCUGGCCCUACAGAACUGCUCUGCCUGGCUGUCGGACAAGGAGCUGCUCCCUGUGAUCAGUCAGAACCAUCACUUGCUGCACGUUGAGCUGAGCGGCUGCGUGCACCUGAGCCGGCACACCUUGGUAGCCCUCUCCCUGAGCUGCCCCAAUCUACGCCAGCUUUCCCUGGCCCAUUGCGAGUGGGUGGACAGUCUCUCCUUGCGCAGCCUGGCCGACCACUGCAAGGGGCUGGAGUCCCUGGACCUCACAGCCUGCCGGCAACUGAAGGACGAAGCAAUCUGCUACCUCGCACGAAGGUGCGCCAGACUGAAGUCUCUGUCGCUGGCUGUCAACGCCAAUGUUGGUGAUGCUGCUGUGGAAGAGGUUGCCAAAGGCUGUCCUGACCUGGAGCACCUGGACCUCACAGGCUGCCUGCGGGUCAAGAAUGACUCUAUUAGGACCCUGGCUGAAUACUGCCCCAAGCUCCGUGCCUUGAAGGUGAAGCACUGUCACGACGUAGUGGAGUCCAGCUUGAGCAUCCUGCGCAGUCGCGGGGUGGAGCUGGACGUGGAGCCUCCGCUGCAGCUGGCCCUGGUUCUCCUGCAGGACGUGGCGGGCUACGCCCCGUUUAUCAACCUUCAGAUCUAG